AUGCUGCGGCAGGUGCGCGCAGGUGAGGAGGCGACCGGUGGCGGCGCUGGCGCUGCUGGGCCCGCGGGCGGCGGCGACGCGGCGAGCACGUCGUCGGGCGUCGUCGCGGCGGAGCGCGGCGGCACUGGCGGCGGCGGGGUUCUGGAGUACGUGGGCGGGGUGGGUGGCAUG